CUGCGGCUCCCUGGUGCUUCCUAUCAUCUACACAGACACACCUGGCUUUAGAGGCAACAAAGGAAAGGAGAGUUCCCCAUCAGGAUCCAUUUGACAUGUGAAGGCCAUUUCACAAGCAAAACCAGUAGGCAAUGUGAAGACUGCAUGUGUAAAUCAAGUCUUGGGCCUGCAACCUCCUGCUAGAGCACCCUCCCACCAGAAGCAAAGUGUAACAUAAUAGAAAAGAAAAACACACCACUGAGUUGGACAUAGUUACCGGGCCCACAUUUUUUCAUGCCACACAACUUGUAAAUGAGCAAGAAGAUGCAGGCACAUUUCCGUAAGCAAAUGCGCCAUGAAAGGAUGUCCUGACGGGUGAUAGAGUGCAAAGAUCACAAAGAAAAAGCACAAGAGAAGUCUGCUGCUUUCCACCCAGUAGUUUUCCUAAGCAAACAGAAGAAUGAGCAGCAGAAAAAGAAGUUCGGCCACAAGCAUGCCACUCAUGCAAGUUAUUAAAGUCACCAUCAAGCAAAGAGGCAUCGUCAUCCUGCUUAUUGUCUCCUGCCUCUUGAAAGUGACAAGUGCAGAGUGUCCUAGCGCCUGUUUCUGUGACAGUGAAAGCCAGUACGUCAGCUGCGUUGGGGACAGCACUUCACAAGCACCACAGGACCUGCCCAGAUCAAGCGAGAGGCUGGAACUGCGCAACUUUGCAGUAGACGUGCUCGCGCAGCACCUACUCAGCGGGGUGCCAGCUCUCAAAGAACUGAAGCUGCAGCAAAGUCGAACGAGAGCAGUCGAAGAUGGUGCUUUGGCCGAGCUGGCUCUGUUGCAACGACUGGACCUGAGCCAAAACUUACUGGAGAAUCUGACAUCGGGAACGUUUAAGGGACUACAGCAACUGAAGUACCUUGACUUGUCUUCAAAUCAACUGGCACACAUAGACGGUGCCUUUUCAGGCCUGGGAAACCUGGAGCAGCUCAAUCUUCACAGCAACCUGCUCACUCAGCUGAACACCUACACAUUCACGGGCCUGCACCAGAUCCAGUACCUGAACCUGGACUCGAAUCUUGUCUCGAGCCUCGAAGUGGGUGCCUUCCAGAACCUGCCAAACCUUGGACAUCUCAUCCUCAGCAACAACCCACUCACGAGUCUCUCUCGUCUCAACUUUUUUGGCUCACGGCUGCAGUACAUCGAUGCUUCUCAUGUCGGGCUUGAGCGCAUACCACAAAGCCUCACUCGUUACGUUCGAGACCUCAGGCUGAGCCGCAACAACAUCACUCACAUCACUCUUGGUGACCUGGACAGCUAUCCACACCUUGGUUUACUUGUGCUGGAUGACAACGCCAUUGAAGACGUGGAAGAUGAUGCACUUGGUCGACAAGAGUACCUUGCCAGGCUUUGGCUGAAUGGGAACCGGCUCACAAGGGUCCCAAUGAACCUGCCGCAGAUGCUAGUUGCUCUCUAUAUAGAGGAGAACUUGAUAACUGAACUGCCGGACAACAGCUUUUUUGGACUAUCGAAAUUGGAGCAGUUGUACUUGCAGAGAAACCAAAUCAGGAACAUUUCAGAGAGCGCUCUGAGUGAUCUUGUCAAUCUGAAGACACUUGAUCUGCAGGCAAACCUUAUACAAGUUUUGCCCAAUCACGUUUUCAGCAAUCUCAGCAACUUACAGACACUUGACAUUUCUCAGAAUCUACUACAGUUGCUGGAGCCCGAGUGUUUUCAAGGGUUGGAUGCACUGCAGACACUGCAGAUGUCCAGAAUAGCUAAUAAAGUGGAAUUCCAAGAAUAUGUCUUUGAUCCACUGAAGGCACUAAUCAAGCUCGAAAUGUAUGACAGCAGUGAUCUAGUGGCCGACAUAAUCAAAUCACCAAGAACACUGCACGGCUUGAGAAAUGUCCAGGACCUGAAUAUCAUGCACAAUAAACUCACACAUUUGAGACCUGAUUUCCCAUCUUUCUUCCCAAAACUGAAGGUUCUCAAAGUGGGAGGCAACACGUUUCACUGUGGAACUGAAGUGCGAUGGUUCUCGGAAUGGAUCAAGACAUCGAGCAUCCAGUUUUACAGCAGCUACAGCAUAAGAUGUGCAUCACCAGUCACACUACAAUUCAAGCCUGUCAUGUUGCUAAAGGAGGAAGACUUUGUUGAAAUCACUACACAAAUCCCAUCGACCCCUCAAGGAAGGGGUGCUGCCUUAGUCAAGAGAGUUCCCCUGCUAAAUGUUCCUGAACCAAUUUCCGCCUCCGAAAGCCUGACAGCAACUGCGACAUUCCCGCCUUCAACGCUAAGAAGCAUUAACAACAGGAGUAGAAGUUUGGAAGCAGCUGAGCCAACCAAAGCUGGGUCAAGUAACCACACAGGAAUUUUUCCAGCUGACAGUGGGACAACUCCUAAGAGCACUGAAGACUUCUUUAAAACACCACAGAGACAAGAAGCAUUAAACAUCACUGCCCAAAUGGGUGGCAACCUGAAAGCAAGCAAUGGGAGCUCAAUAGCUCACCUUGCAAAUAAUGUGACAUUUGCGACAGAUGGAACCAUUACUGACAGCAUGAGCGAUGUGACUAUGCCUACAGUGAUAGGCGAGCAGACCAUGACAACAACAAUUGUGAAUUCAAUCUGGCAACUACCAACGGCUGAAACAGCUGUUCCAGCUCUAACAACCACACAAGAUAACCAUACUUCCUUGUCCUUCAAUGCACCUCAAAGCCUGCUGCUUGCACCACCUGUGGCUGAAAAACAACAGCAGGAGCCAAGCACCGAAGGGAACUCUACAAUUGCUUCGAGAGUCAUUACUGGUUGCAGCUUUCUGCUGUUCGUCGCUCUCGCAACCACAGUGUUUCUACUGCAGACGCGUCACAACUGUAUGGGCUGCCGUGAACGUUAUGCUCGCAUCCAGCGAAGCAGCAGCAUCUCCUACCGUCCUCAGCAUGACGAGGUGAACAUCUUGACAGUUUCGGAAGGCACGGUUGAUGCAAGGACUAGUGUGCAGCGCGGUAUUAAAAACAAGCUCUACUUCGCAGUCGAGGGUGGAGGUCCUCACGACAUGUCCAACGAGCCUCACUUGCAAGAGCUGAUUCCUCGCUCCCUGAGUGACAGUGAGUGGUGCAGUGGUCACGUGUGUAUAUAAACUAGGGCGUCUACUGCUACGUGGUAUUUGUGCCCUUCAGUGACCGCAAAAAAAAGUGACUACUGAUGGCCACAGAGACCAAAGGCAUGUGCUUUGUGACAGCAGCCUUCAAUCCUGUGCCAAAAAGAUAUAGAUAUCUCACACAGCCAAGACAUUUAACUUCUUGAAAAACUGUUGAGACACACCAGCAGCAUGGGCAUGACAGGGACAAUAGUGGUUACAUGUUAAAAGCUGACCUCCAGCUUUUUAAAAUUUGUGUGCAUGUGUGUGCAGAAAGAGCUUGAUGGUAUCAAAAUUACACGAGGCAGAGACCCUCAAGGUUGCCUGAAGCGAGCUACUGAAUCGGGCUUGUAAUGACUGUGAGGGUGAGCAUACAUAAACACAAAGCCAGUAUUUUUGUAAAAGAGGAGAAUUAUUUGGCAGCAUGGUAUAUUACAAUGCUCCUGUCUACUCGUUUCCUUCUAUCAUGCAGCGAAUGUUUAUACAUGUUGAAUAAAGUGUCUAUGCGAAGCUUUCGUAUCAUUAAAAUAUCGCAAGAGAAACACAAAUUCAAAAACAAGUCUGCUUCCUUCGAUACUGACACCAUAGUGAACAAAACUUAUAAAUUUAAAUCUACUCAUAUUUACCACACCAUAACUCUUCACAAAUUAUCUUUUCCAAAUGAAUCAAGUUAGUUUAGGAACAGUGAACAGAUACUUACUUCAAAUGAACACUAAAGAGAUACAAUAUACAACCUCUAAAGGCUAUUUGCAAAAGUUCUCACAUGGUGAAGCAGCUAUUUAGAAUUGAACUCAUGCUGACUGAACACAACAUUGUCCCUUCGCAACAAGCCACAACCAUGACCACAAACAAAAUUUGUCUACUUACAGUGGGUUAGUGUGCAGAAGUGCAAAAGAGACCACUUCUCUGUGUCCAAAGUAAAAUUGCCCACAACCUUAAAGUGUACAGUCGAACACCUCUCCAAAGAACACCCCUACAUGAAAUGGCCUGUACAACGAAGGAUUCCUUAUGUCCUGGCAAUACUUCUU